UCUACCAUAAAUAUGGAGUAGGCAAAGAACUAGACAUUUCAUUUUUCCCUUCUAGCUGGAUAUACAUAUACAGUGAAUCCAGUUAAUUGAACUGAAAACUUAUCCAUCAUUAUCUGACGUUGAACUGCAGAUUUUCCUUUCUUCUUCUAGUUAAUUUCCUUCUGUUCGUGAUCCUACACGGUAAUACAGUCCAUAAACAAGGUCCACAGACCGGAUAUGGCUUCUUCUCUCCCUUGUUUGUAUAAUAUUCCGGUACAGCCAUAUUUGAAGCGUAGCAGCAAUAUUCGUCGUAUGAAUAUGAUCAUGCAAGUAAAGGCUCACAGCUUCGACGAAGGAAGAUCAUCGAGCAGCAGCAGGAAUAUGGUAGAUUCAAAUAUGCGUGUUCUAAGAGAGAAAAUUGAACUGGUUAAGAUGAGGGAGAGACUUGAGAAAUUAUGCCACAAACAUAAUCGUCAAGACCAAUACGGUUGGAAUUACGCAACCGGGUAUAAAUAUGAUGACCAGCUCAGAAGUGCAAGAGCAAGAGCAAGAGAGGUCUCAAGCUUCUUUCGCCUCAUACGUCUGGCCUCUCUCACUUUUGGUUUUACUUGUUUUAGUGCUACUUUUGGCCUUUUCCUUGUAUCACUGGUGAUUAACUAUUUGAAUCAAUAGUAUGCACAUA